UCUGUUGUGAAGAUGCUUCAGUAUGUUCACCCAUCGUUUUCUGCGGGGUACUCCGAUAUGUCGCAUUUUGCAUAACGCCCCGGUGCAGACUUAUCGUCUCCGCGUUCUCAGUUUGCGUGCGUAUCAUGGGAAAGACUUUGUGCGAUGUUUAUCGACCAGUUGCCACCGGUAUAACGACGCCGAGUGUUCGGCAUUUGGAACAUGCGUGCCCGCAAAAGUUCUGUACACGCAUGAGCCACAUGUGCCUGUUAAACUCCGUUUAAGCAGUGGAUCAGCCGCUGAUGCUGAGCCAGCGUUGAUCGUUCCGGAAUGGUUCGCCAAGAAAGCGGAGGAGCAUGCGUCGUCGCCCGCCCUGACUAUGUACCGCGGUGGGACGACGACAACGUGGACGUAUGCCGAGUAUAUCCAAGAUGUGCGGACGGCCGCCAAAGGCUUUAUCAAACUAGGAUUAAAACCAUUUUAUAGCGUCGCCACGCUGGGCUUUAAUGCGCCCGAAUGGGUUAUCUCUGAUCUCGGAGCGAUAUUUGCUGGUGGGUUAUCCGUGGGCGUGUACACCACCAACACCCCCGAAGCCUGCCGUUUCGUCCUAAAAGCCGCCCGCGCCAACAUCGUCGUCGUCGAGGACGACAUGCAGCUGCAGAAGAUCCUCAAAUACCGCUCCGAGCUCCCGGAUAUCAAAGCCAUCAUCCAGUACACCGGGGAACCCGACCGCCGGGUCCGCGACAUCUACAGCUGGGAGGAGUUCAUGGCCCUGGGCGAGACGGUGUCCGACGCCAUCCUGGACAGUCGCCAGGCCGCCAUGGCCCCCAACACCUGCGCCACCGUCAUCUUCACCUCGGGGACCACGGGGGUACCCAAGGGCGCCAUGCUCAGCCACGACAAUCUGAUCUGGACGGCCAAUUCUGCUAUCCGCGACGCCAAGAUCACCGGGAAGCAGACGUUCGUCAGUUAUCUGCCGCUGAGUCAUGUAGCUGCCUAUCUGGCGGACGUGUUUCUCCCGAUUGUCACUGGUGGGCAUGUGCAUUUCGCCCAGCCUAAUGCGCUGAAGGAUAAGAACAGUCUGGUCAAUACGCUGCGGACGGCUAAGCCCACGGCGAUGGUGGGGGUGCCGCGGGUGUGGGAGAAGAUGGAAGAGCAGAUACGCGCGGCGAUGACCAAUCGGGCGGUGUUGAAUGUGUUGUUUGAGCGGGCGCAGAAGGUCGGGAUGCAGGCGUUCCACAAUCGGCAGAUCGGAAAGGCACCUCCCCUGGAAUGGCUGUGGACCAGCUGGAUCUACAAGAUUGUCCGUAAUCGGUUGGGUUUAGACCGCUGCACGCAUACGUGCUCGGGUGCCGCGCCGCUGAUGCCGGAAACACAGGAGUUCUUCCUCUCGAUGGAUAUUCCCAUCUAUGACAUUUACGGCUUAAGCGAAACUUCCGCGCCUCACUCCUUGAAUUUACCCGGCGAAUUCAAACUCGGCUCUGCCGGAAAAACAUUAACCGGAGCGAAAACAAAGAUCAAAGAACCGAAUAAUGAUGGCGUCGGCGAAAUUUGCAUGUACGGGCGGCACAUUUUCAUGGGCUAUUUGGGAAUGGAGAAGCGGACCAAAUACGCUUUCGACGAGCAGGGCUACUUCAAAACCGGCGACAUGGGAAUGCUGGAUGAAGACGGCUACCUGUUUGUCACGGGACGGAUCAAGGAAGUCAUCGUGACGGCCGGCGGCGAGAAAGUGUCUCCCAUUCCCGUGGAGGACCGCAUCAAGGAGCACCUACCCAUCGUGAGUCAUGCCAUGCUGAUUGGCGAUAAACGGCGCUUUAUUGCCGUGCUGCUGACGCUGAAGUCAGAGAUGGACCUGAAGAAAGGUCAACCGUUGAGUAUGCUGACGGACACCACACGGGCGUGGAUAAAAGCCAAAAGCGGUGCGACGAUAACAACCGUGGAGGAAGCGCGAAAAUCCGAACCGCUGCGCGAGGCCAUCUCAACGGCCCUGGAAGCGGUCAACGAGAAAGCCGUCAGUCGGGCGCAGCGGAUCAAUCAGUUCGCCAUCCUCCCGGUGGAUUUCAGUAUUCCUGGUGGCGAACUCGGACCUACGCUGAAAGUCCGCCGGUCAGUUAUUGCCAAGAAGUACGAGUCGCUGAUCGAUGAUAUUUAUGAGCAGUCGAACAUUAGCGAGAAAGACGAAAGCUGAUUACUGUAUGGCUUUCUUAUGGAAUAGAACAGAUGGUGCGGCCUUCGCGGAUUGUUUCACAAACUUGCAGUUGAGCAGUUCGUUGAAAUCCUGUCCGCAUCAUGGUCGCUCGAGAAUGUCCACGAUUUCAUUGAUCGAUUUUCUGUAAAGCUUUUAACCGCCGAGUUGAUUGGUUAUUUCUGUUUUUUUUCGUACUUAAUCUGGUGUAGCAGCUAAAUAAAGCACAGA